AUGUCAGCCACGAUACCAACUGCCUCUCAUCCCCCACACCCCGGCCGCAAGGCCUUGGCUAAAGUAAAGCACUCCUCCAAAUUAGUGAUGGACAGUUCAAAACCUGUCACAGAUGGCGCGAAUAUUGAUCCACCGCGCAAGAGAGCCUCUAGCCAGGCAAAAGCAGCUAGACACUGGAAAAGGGCAAAAGCCAACCUGAUUCCACUGAACCAGAACUCAGUUCAGAAGAGGAGAGUGCCCUUACCUUAGACUCAGACCUAUCUAAUGACUUAUCCGACCUGGAUUCGGACUAUAGAUUUGAAGAGGAUCAUAAACCCUCUACUGACGUGCAUGCCAGUGGCACCUCUGGCUCUGACUUGACCAAAGAUGGUAAAAUACUUGAUCCUCAGAGCGAACCCUUAUUUGAGCUCUGCGGAAUGGUCACCGGCCGAGCAUGUGGCGCGAUACGUCGCAUCCCGGGUCCGCAAGCCUCUGGAUAA